AUGAAGGCGGGCUGCCACCUACGUAGCGCGAAAGUUUCGGAGAACACAAUCAACAAGCGAAUCGAAAGGAACACAAGGAGCAAGCGAGGCGAAAAAAACACUAGGGGCAAGCGAAGGGUCACCAAGGGACAGCAAAAACUCCCAGAUUUUUCCUGCCUGAAAAAACUAAUAUAUGAACAAAAAAGAAAGGACAACAUAUCAAAUUUAUUCUCCUUUAACGACCCAAUCAUAAAGGAAAAAAUAGAUAAGUUCAAUCAAAUAAUUGAAAGGAAGAAAGAUUUUUUGUGUGAAACAAGUGAAAGUAAAAGGGGUGGACAGGAAGAAAUCUCUCCGAACGUAUGUGAGACGUCUACCUUUGGGUACACCUUCAUCGACAGGGUGGUGAAUUACUCCCACAAGGAGGACAUAGAGGACUUGAUACAGCACGACGAAGAUGAUGAGGACGAUCCUUUUCACUCUGAUUACCCAUAUCAGCACCAUUGUGGUCGUUUAGAAAACCGGGAGGAUAGCCAAACCACGGAUAUCUACCUCAGGGAUAAUAGAAGCGAGCAGGAAGGGGACCUCCUGCCCGGCCUGGAGAACCCGUACUGGGAAGAAAAAAAUGGAAGCAAGCAUAACCCACCCCAAAGCUUGAACCCCGAGAAAAACAGCAAAAGGGUCACAUGCAAAGGGAAAGAAGAAAUCCUAUAUAGCAAUAAAGUAAUAAUUGAUAGCCGAAAAAAAGACCUCAUCCUGGACCAGCUCAAACUGAAGUUCGAUGAAUUCAAAAUAGACACGCUGACAAUACCGCAGAAGCCACUCACUAUCGUAGAUGAAAAUGGGGUCGAGAAGAAGAAACUGUUCAUUUUUAACAUUAACAACAGCAGUGACAGGAGGAAGAACGAGAAGAAGAGGAUCCAAAUUGUGUACGACAGGGAGGGGCGAUCAGAUGUGGGUGCAUCACAAGUGGGGAUGUUACACGUGGGGGGAUCACAAACGGGACAAUCUCCAGCGGGAAAAUCCCCAACGGGACAGUCUCCAACGGGCCGCUCCCCCCCGGGGAAAACUCUUGACGAGUGCAAGAACGAUGCGGACGUGAUCGACCUGGUCAGCAGAAUAACGGAGCAGAAGGAGUCCUACCUCUACUUCGUCGUUAAGAACAACCAACUAAUGCUAAAGAGCAACAACGACUACUUCAGCAUUAUGAUGCAUUACCUGUGUGAAGGAACCUCUGGCAUAAACCUACAAAUGAUCUACUACCUUUUAAUGAAGCCAUCACACAUGGACAUGCUUCUCUACCUCAUCCUAACUUAUCAUAAAUUCUCCUUCGUUGAUUUGUUGGACCAGUUCGAAAACGUGUCUGUUAGUAAUAUCGUGGAAAGUUCCUUCGAGGAAAUGACCUUAUACGAUUACUACUAUUAUUUUUUUCACAUCCUGGAGGUUUCGCAUGAGCAGUUUUAUAUGUCCCUGGAGGUAAUGGAAAGCAUGAAGCUUCUGCUGAACAAGUAUAACUUCUUCCUGGGGCGGAUGCACAAGAACUCGAUUUUCUCCAACGCCAAUUUCGUGCUCGGCAUGGGCGACAUUUUGGAUGUCCACCGGGUGUUCCUACCGGGGGGAGGGAACGAACAAGAGGCGGGAAAAGCGCAAGAAGAAACGAACGGAAAAACGGACGGAAAAACGGACGGAGAAGCGAGUGAAGAAGCAAGUGGAAGAGCUGAAUCGGGGGAUCCCCACCCCUCGCAAACCCUGCGCAGGAAAAACGGAACCCUCCAGUACAUCCUUAACACCAAACUGGAGUUCAUACAUUACCAGCAAAUGAACUUUCUACAGGAGACCCACUGGGAUGAGAUAGAAAACUACCACCACCUGAAUCGGUUGGACAAACUGGUCUACUACACGAAGGACCUCUACUAUGAGUUUACAAAGAAGAACAUUUACAGCAAAUUAGAGGAAAUCACAUGUGAACAGAAGCACUUGGAUAAGGUACAAAUAAUCGAGUCGUGCAAGAAGGAACUGCCUCCCUAUAAAAAGGGGGUAAAGUUCAUGAAUUUUCUAGGGGUGCAUUCUCACUCCUUCGUGUGGCAGGUAUACUGCACCGAGAUGGAGCUGUUUUGUGUGCUCAAGUUUAAACAAAUCCGUCUGGGUGGUGAUGCCCCCCCGUCCAGGUGUACGACGGGUGGUGAUCAUUCCUGGCAGAUGCAGCGCACGGACCCACAGGGGGAAGCACCCCACCUGGGACGAAUCGAAGCCGAAAUAAACGCCGCUCUGCUAAACUUCCAAACAGAAAUCAAGGAGAAACAAGUGGAAUGCUUGUAUGUCCCCAUCUCAGUGGAAAUCACCAACAGAUUCAUCGAAAAAACAAAAUACAUUAAUGGAACCCCACUGAACGAAUUUAUCUACAGCGAGUUCCUCUCCGGUAUCGACUUAAAACUCCGGGUCUUCAAACUCAAGUGCAUUAUGCUAAAGGUUAUAAAGGUCGUUAUGAGUUUUUUAAACAUCCCCACGUUGAUCAUACUUAAGUGUUCGCGCAUCUUUGUUAAGGAGGACAGCCUCAUGGUGAAUGGCGGCAUCCCCCUGGGGUUGCUGUCUGCGGAGUCUGUUCUCUUCCUCCUGGAUAACAUCGAUGAGACAAUCGCCACACGCACGUACAGCAAAACGCUUUGGCAUUACCUCCCGCCCGAGGUUAUCGGGGAGGCACGCGAAAAAAGCGGUGACGGAUUAGACUGUCCAAAUGACCCAGCAAAUGGUGGAAGUUCCCCCCUGGACGGUGCCCCCAUGACGAAUUGCUUUCUCCUCGAAGAUAGGACGCGGUUAGAGAAAGCUUACUCCUACAUGAUUGGAAAAGUCUUCGAAGAAGCACUUAUUGACACCUUCACAGGGGACAAAUUCGACUACCUCAAUUUCGACGAGGAUGUGAAAGAUUUUCUAGAAUCCUGCUUAUCCGAAAAUGUGGAACGACGCCAACCACUUAGUAAACUUCCACACCACAUAUGCUUCUCAGAUUGCUUCGAUCUAUAUAUUAACAUUUACGAUGACAAUAUCAAUGCGUACCACAAUGAUAAGGAGAAAGCCAUUCAACUGAGAGACCUAAAGUACAUCAACAGCUUCGACUACAAAAUGUUUUCUAUUCCUUCUGAGUCUUCCUCUCGGGCCCCUUCCUUCUCCUCCUCUUCCGACUCGCGCCACUUUAACACGUCCAGUGGGUACUCCUCCAGUUGA